AUGCAAGACAAGGUCGGUGGAGCAAGCGCGCUAAAACAACCACUUCUGCGGAAAUUCACGGUUGAGACUCAACAACAAACGCGCGGGUUUCAGCCAGGUCAGAAAACCAUAGAUCGACAACGAAGCUGGGUUCGAGCCAUCGUGGAUAGCGAAUACCGGACUGUUGGGUCGGGUCGAAGCUCGAGAAUAACAUCUCGGCCUCUGGCAUCAUAUAGUGUCGAGAAGUUGGUGACCGGAAACGUUGCAAUAGCCGAUUUCGCAAACGCUAUCCCUGUUGAAUUAGGGCUUAUCGAAUGUUCAGGUCAUGACAGGGUUGUCGAGGUGUUUUGCGAUUGGUUAUGGAUGUGCACGCGACGUGCAGCAAAUCCCCUUGUGGAGGGGAUGUGCUAG